CAUAUAUAUGCCACCCAACAUCCCCAAAGACCCUCUCUCCGGUCACCCUGGCCAUCUAAGCCCCGAGCAGCAGCACAUCCUGAGCAAGUUUAGGACAGAGCUUGAGGAGGACAGUGUUUUUGUUCCAGAACGACACGACGAUGCCACCCUUCUUCGCUUCCUUCGCGCACGUAAAUUUGAUCUUGCCAAAGCCAAGUUCAUGAUUACCUCGUGUGAAGAAUGGAGAAAAGAUUUUGGAGUGGACCAACUCAUAGAGACUUUUCAGUUCCCGGAGAAGAAUGAAGUCGACAAGAUAUACCCACAAUACUAUCACAAGACGGACAAAGACGGUCGCCCCAUCUAUGUGGAGCGCUUAGGCCAACUCGAUCUUCGGAAACUAUAUACGUUCACUACUGCUGAAAGACUUCUGAAACGCUUUGUUCUGGAGUACGAGAAAUUCUUGACCGAGAGACUCCCGGCCUGCAGCACAGUCGUCGGACACCGCGUCGAAACGUCCUGCACUAUCCUGGACCUACAGAAUGUCGGGAUUGCACAGUUUUAUCAAGUCAAGGAUCACAUUGCACAAGCCACUCGCAUUGGACAGGAUCGGUAUCCAGAAUGUAUGGGGAAGUUUUACAUCAUCAACGCGCCUUGGAUCUUCUCGACAGUGUGGAUGGUCAUCAAGCCAUGGUUGGAUGAAGUCACGGUUAACAAGAUUUCGAUCCUUGGCUACAAUUACAAAGACACACUUCUACAACAGAUCCCGGCGGAGAAUCUCCCUGCCGAUUUAGGAGGACUAUGUCAAUGCCCGGGAGGCUGCUCUCUGUCAGACGCAGGGCCUUGGAACGAGAAGAACCAAGGUGUCAUUGCUCAGACCGCUUCCGACGCGGUGGUACCAGCAUGAUGUCUCCCCCGACUCUUCGUACGCGCGAAUGCCGCUUUGUACCACUGUGUAAUAAAUCGAUUUCUGUGGCCUGCGCCAAUAUCGCCCAAGUACUUUCCUCACACGAUGAAAAAUGUCCAUUCGUACGAAUGCACAUGUUCGUGUGUUGUGCAAUGCCGGCGUUCGUUCUUUUUCGCGAUCUGCGUCAUGUCAGUUGGCACCAACUGCGCUCCGAACGAGGGCGGAGGCGUUCUUGACCAGUCGACUGUGCUCCCA